AAGCCCUGUGACAAUGCGUUGCAGAGAGGAGGAGGAAAGGAAACGAAACAAGCCUCUCUCCCCUGGCUUGGUGACAAGACAGAGAACAAAAUAGUUGGGAAAGUUAUGGGGGGACAGUUGGAGGGAUAGGCUGUCUUUCCCAUUUAAGGACACUGCCACCCUUUUUCAGCCACUCUCCUUCCUCCUCUCCAUCUCCCCAGACACCAUUGCAAACGCAGAAGAAAAAGAAAAUCUUGGCGUUUCUCUAGUAAUAAUCCUGCCUAUCUCCUCCCCUGCAUUCUCCUGUGCUGUGAAGGGAGGAGGAGACGGCUGCUGGCUGUCAGGGGCUUCUUCAAUGUCUUCCUCCUCCUCCUCUUCCUCAGGUUGUGUGUAUUCAAAGGAGCACAAACCAGAGAACAACAGCUAGCUAGCAUUGCAAUGGCUUCUUCAAUGUUGCAUUGACGAGUGCUCCACAAGCAGCAUAAAUAGAGAGAGGAAGGCCUAGCCAGCAAAGUGUUCUUUAGUAGUUAGUCAUUCAUUUAUCUCCCAACAUAUCUCUCAGAGAGUUCCUCCCUGUCCAGCUCCUUUCCUUGAAACCCCUCCUGCUUCUGCUACUCCUACUACCUAUCCCCUUUGCUAGCUUCGUCCUUGUUCCAACCUCCAUUACAUUCCUUCCUACUACUCAUUAGGAGAUAUUCUUCUUCUUCCCGGCCGGCAAUGGAAUCCUCCCAUAUCACUGGGGACGACGGCGAAGGCUGCAACAGCAGCGAGUCCGGGUGGACAAUGUACCUGUCCUCCCCCAUGCAAGGCGACGACGACGACGGCAAUGGCGGCGGCAAGGGGAGUGGCAGCGACGGGAGCAAUGUCGACGAUGGCUACGGCUACACUUACAUCGUCCAUGGCAGGAAAGGAGGCAAGGAGUACCAAGACGACGGCGACGACAACGACUCCCUUGCCUCUGACGCUUCCACUGGGCCAGCCAAGGUCAAGUCGCCGCCCUGCUUGCCCAACGCCAACGGCAAAGAAGACCAUCCAAGCCCAAGGCGCGCCACCGAUGAGGAUCGGAAGGAAGAGGACGACGACGAAGAAGAAGAUGAUGGCAGGCGCAGCAGGUUCUCGACAAGCUCUCGCAAGAAAGCCGGCAAGGUGGAGAAAGGCGGCGGCGGCGACGCGAAGUCAUCAUCCAAGCGAGGACAUGGCAAGAGAGGAAGCUCCUCAAGAACAAGCUUCUUCUGGUAAAUCAUCAUUCAAAAUGCAUCAGAAUUACUCUGUAGUCUGUACUAGGCAAAUAGUAGCAAUAUGCAUGGGUCGAUCUUUUUCUGGUUCUUGUUCAGAUUUGGAAUGUUAGGAGCAUUGGAGAAGAGGGAAGGGGAGGCUUUUUUUGGGUCCUGGGUUUUGCCUUCCGUAGUGUUCUCCCAUGGUUGACCACCACGCCCCCAAGUAGUAGGGUUAACUGUUGCUGCCAUGCAUGUAAAUCUACUGUAACCUUCGGUUAUUAUUCCAUGCCCUGCUUUUAAUGUUGCUCGCAGAGUUGAGCUUGCAA